CAUGCCCGGCUGACCACGACUCUUUCUGCUCUCGCCAGUGAUGCCAAGGCCUGUGUGAUCCAUGGCACCGAUCUCAAGGACUUCACCUCUGAGCAAAUUGACGAGGUCCUGCAGAAUCACACCGAGAUCGUCUUCGCCCGCACCUCCCCGCAGCAGAAGCUCAUCAUUGUGGAGGGCUGCCAGAGACAGGGAGCAAUUGUGGCUGUGACUGGUGACGGUGUAAAUGACUCCCCUGCUCUGAAGAAAGCGGACAUUGGGGUGGCCAUGGGCAUUGCUGGCUCUGAUGUCUCCAAGCAGGCAGCUGAUAUGAUUCUGCUGGAUGACAACUUUGCGUCCAUUGUCACUGGUGUGGAGGAAGGCCGCCUGAUCUUCGACAACCUGAAGAAAUCCAUCGCCUACACCCUGACCAGCAACAUCCCUGAGAUCACGCCGUUCCUGCUCUUCAUCAUGGCCAACAUCCCGCUGCCCCUGGGCACCAUCACCAUCCUCUGCAUUGACCUGGGCACAGACAUGGUCCCCGCCAUCUCGCUGGCCUAUGAGGCCGCUGAGAGCGACAUCAUGAAGAGGCAGCCCAGGAACCCGCGCACAGACAAGCUGGUCAACGAGAGGCUCAUCAGUAUGGCCUAUGGACAGAUCGGAAUGAUCCAGGCCCUCGGCGGUUUCUUCUCCUACUUUGUGAUCCUGGCAGAAAAUGGCUUCUUGCCUGGCAACCUCGUUGGCAUCCGGCUGAAUUGGGAUGACCGCACCGUCAAUGACCUGGAGGACAGCUAUGGGCAGCAGUGGACGUACGAGCAGAGGAAGGUGGUGGAGUUCACGUGCCACACGGCCUUCUUCGUGAGCAUAGUUGUCGUCCAAUGGGCCGAUCUGAUCAUCUGCAAGACCCGAAGGAACUCUGUCUUCCAGCAGGGCAUGAAGAACAAGAUUCUGAUCUUCGGCUUGUUCGAGGAGACGGCCCUCGCUGCCUUCCUGUCUUACUGCCCGGGCAUGGACGUGGCGCUGCGCAUGUACCCCCUCAAGCCCAGCUGGUGGUUUUGUGCAUUUCCCUACAGUUUCCUCAUCUUCGUCUAUGAUGAAAUCCGCAAACUCAUCCUGCGCAGGAACCCCGGGGGUUGGGUGGAGAAGGAAACCUACUACUGACCUCAGCCGGCCACAUCGCAGAGUCUUCCCUGCCCCACCAGCCCAGGACAGCCCCCACGGGUCCCCCCAUUUUGUAUUCUGGGGGGAGGGGCCCUCUCUCCCCAGGUGGCCCCACCUCAGCCCCCACACCUCGGUUACCUCGCGUCCCUCCCCUCUCCCCUCCCUCUGGCUGCCUUCUCUCCCGCCACAGCCCCUGCCUCUGUCCCCAGUCUCUCUCCUGUGUCCCUCGACCCCCUGCGUCCUUGCUGCCCCCGACCCCUUCCCUGGGCUCUUUAUUUUUUACUCUCCACACCCGGCCCCCUCGGCCCCACUCCCCCCAAGCUGACACCAUUUCCGGUUCUCUGCAGUUAUCAAAUAUAUCAGUGGGGAGAGAAAA